AUGAACUUCGCUGCUCGUCAACUACAGGAGAAGUGCCAGGAGAUAAGGAUCCACCUGUACUUCGCCUUCGUGGACCUGAAAAAAGCCUUCGACACGGUGAAUCGUGAAGGACUGUGGAAGAUCAUGCGGAAAUUCGGCUGUCCGGAGCGAUUCACUCAGAUGGUGCGUCAGCUCCAAGACGGCAUGAUGGCCCGAGUUACUGACAACGGAACAGUCUCAGAGGCAUUCGCAGUGACCAACGGAGUGAAGCAGGGCUGUGUGAUGGCACCUACUCUCUUCAGUCUUAUGUUCUCUGCCAUGCUGAUGGACGCCUACCGCGACGAACGCGCCGGGAUCCGCAUCGCCUACAGGACGGACGGUCACCUCGUGAAUCAACGACGGAUGAACUUCCAGUCACGUGUAUCCACAACCACCGUUCACGAACUUCUCUUCGCCGACGAUUGGGCCCUCAACAACACCUCGGAAGAGGGUGUGCGACGGAGGAUGGACCUCUUCUCCGCCGCCUGCGAGAACUUCAGUCUGAUCAUCAACACGCAGGACGGUGGUCAUGCAUCAACCGCCACCCAAAACAGCCCUCCCCCGAACGUGCUACCGCAAAUCCGCGUGAACAGAACCCAACUGCAAGUGGUGGAGAACUUCCCGUACCUGGACAGUACCCUCUCCAGCAGCACCAAAAUCGACGACGAAAUCGUCAGCAGGAUAUCCAAAGUCAGCCAAGCCUUCAAUCGACUCCAAAGCUCAGUUUGGAAUCGUCAAGGUCUACAACUCUGCACGAAGCUGAAGAUGCACAAGGCCGGCAUCCUGCCGAUGCUGUUGUACGGAGCGGAGACUUGGACAGUGUACACAAAGCAGGCACGCCGACCGAACCACUUCCAUCUCAGUUGUCUUCGUCGCAUCCUGAGGCUGAACUGGCAGAAUCGAAUUCCCGACAAUGAGGUACUGGAACGGACGGGAAUCCUCAGCACCUACACCAUGCUGAGACAAAUGCAUCUGCGUUGGAGCGGCCACCUGGUGCGCAUGGACGACGAGCGACUACCCAAACGAUUCUUCUACGGAGAGGUCGCGACGGCUUCUCGUCGCCAAGGGGGCUAA